AUGAUGCAGCCAUCAACUGAAGGCUGUAUGAACAUUGCGGAGUUGGCUAAUCAGCUACGUCGAGAGAAAAUAUUUAUUAAUUCUGAACGACAGCUGCUUCAAAACCUCAAUGAAGAAGUGGAGAAAAGCGUCCAGGAGUUGCUGGAAGCAGCAUGGAUAUGUUCUAUGCAGCGACAGAACUUAACUAAUCUUAUUACAUCGAGAUGUGAAGCAGAGUCUAUUGCAGCUUGUCAGAGAGCAAGUCUCCUUGAGGGUACCACCUUCAUUGAUGCCUAUAAGGUCCUAAGAUAUAAGGAAGCUACAGCUUUGGGAGAACUUCUAGGAUGGCUUCGCGACACGCCACACCUGGUAGCCCUGUGCCUGAUGCUCGGCGAGGAGCACAUGCCGUCUACGCUGCCGGCAUCACUAGUCGCAGGCCUCUACGGAAGUUGUCGACUGCCCACAGACAGGACUCGGUUCUUAGCUGUCAUACGCUCCUUGAUUAAACACCAAAUGGCAACAUCCAGUGAUCCGAGAAAGUUGUUUCGCACGAGCAAGUGCGCGCUGGCAUCGUUGUACGCGACGUUCCGUGACGGACAUACGCCGGCGCGGCGCUUCCUCGUCGCAGCGCUGCACGCGCCUGUCAUGGCUGUCCUCCAUGAGGACGAGUUCUUCUUGGACAUCGACCCCGACAAGGCUAUGGAGAGAUUUUCAGCGUCAGAUCGUAUAAAGAAAUUCGGUCAAGCAAACAGCAGUGAGUACUCGACGAAAGUCGCCCGAUACCGCAAGUGGACUGUACAGUCGCUGUACAACCUUACCAGCAAGUUCAUCGUGUCCUUGAAGGAACAUUGGCCCAACUUCCCCGCAACCAUCGCUUGGAUUGUACAGCAGAUUGUACAUUUGUUGAAGCAGCAUUCGAGGAUCAGUGAACGCGAACUGCACGCGAUCUGCACGGACCUGGUACUAAGCCAGCUGAUCUGCCCGGCCAUAGUGAGCCCGGAGGCGCACGGAGUCGUGGACGUACCUGUUUCUUACGUGGCGCGCUUCAACCUCAUACAGAUUGCGCAAAUCCUGCAGAUGCUCUGCCUGGCCUGCUAUCAGGAGGUGGAUCCGAAGGUGCGGGACCUGUAUAGCAAGUUCGAGCGGACGUGCGUGUGGUCGCUGGUGGAGAGCGUGCGCUCGGACGCGUGCGCGCCCGCCGCCGUGCCGACGCACACUGAGGCCGCGCCGCGCACCGAUGCGCCGCCGCGCACAACAAUCGCGCUCUUUACGCCGCACGACGCACACGCACUGAUAACAUUCCUGAAAAGAAUCUCAUCAAAGUUAAACAACAACACACCGAGUCUCACAUCUGAAGAAUCAAUUGGUCCUGGAUCAGUAGUGGACGCCGCUGGAUUUAGUAGCGAGGGAGGCGAGGGUGGCGAAGGUGAAUGCAGUGAGGGCGUGGCGAGGUUAGCGGCGCGGCUGCAGACCGUGGAGCCCAACUACCGCGCGCGACUGCACGACCUGCUGCGCAAGCUGCCCGACCUGCCCGCGCUGCUCGCCUGCAAAUCAUCCGCAGAAUCAAAAGAUACAGUAUCAGAAAGCGGACACGGCAGCAAACGCGGCAUACUAGCAAAAGUACCUAAGCCGCGUCUACCUCGAAGUGCGAGCUCUAGUUCUUCGCUAGAUGAAAAGGCACUAAAUGGCGCCGAAAAGGAAGAGUUGGAGCAUCUUGAGGUGCUGGUAAUAAAGCUGGCUAACAUCGAGGAGAAUGAUUAUGUUGGGCUGGUGCCGGAGUCGAAGGUGCUGGAGAGCUUCUACGUGGGCUCGGAGGCCGGCGACGCGGAAGAGACGGCCGCCGCGCUCGCAGCACCUGGACCCGGCGCGCCCGUGCAGAAGCGCACCAGAUUCUCGGUGUCUCACGACGAAGUGUCUCUGGGCAACACGUCUGACAACUUGGAGGCAGUGUCUGAAGCCGCUUCGAACCACAGCGUCACCUCCAGUCUCGAGCUCGAGACAGAAGACCAAAACGAUAACCUUUCUGACAUGGUGUCGGCGAACGUGAGCGGGCGCGGCAGCCCCAACAUCUCGGGCCGCGAGACGCCCUCCUCGCAGGUCACCGACGGCGACGCGCCCGGAGACGUCCCGCCCAGACGUGUAUCUCAAAAUGCGCCCGCCAAUCAGACUAGCAGUAACCAGGCUAAGUUGCUGAAGCAGACGCGAAAUGAUAUAGAGGACAAGUUCUGUAAAUUUGAAAUCAAGAAGUUGUUGGAGGGUGAUGAGACGAUCAGCAUAAUGUCGGACACGUGGAGCACUGACGUGCUGGCCUCCGACUCUGAGACCAUCGGUGACACCUGCGACAACACGCAGCACGCCGCAAACCAAGGUGCUAACACGAACAACGCCAAUGCUCCAGACGUGUCGGAGACGGCCAGCGAGUCGGCGUGGAGUAUGGACGUGCUCGCUUCCGACAGUGAUCGUAACACUGAGGUGGACACGGACGACUGCGUGUCGGUGGCGGCGCGCUCGGACACGUCGUGGCCGCGCCGGCCCUCCUGCGCCUCGCACCACGACGACCUGCAGCCCGCGCACCCGCCGCCACCGCUGCAGCCUCUGCAACCGCUGCAACCGCUGCAGCCGCUGCCCGCCAAGCUCGCCACACAGAAUGGCACCAAGAAACCUGAUAUCAGCAGCCCUCGACACACAUCGCGGUAUUUGCCCAACAACCGGUACUUGAGCGCGACCGCGGCGCUGUCCCGCGGCGGCGAGCUGGACCUGGCGCCGCUGACCGGCGCGCACGCCGUCUUCGUGGAGAACCGCAAGAGCAUACUCGUCAACGGUUACCCGGUCAUGACGUGCUAUGCCACAUCGGCUCCUGAAAGUCCCAGCACGUCCACGCCCGCGCAACUUCCUAACGACGUAUUUGAUUAUGUUUCACAUAAUGGCAAUAGCGCACAAACUGAAUCAACACUCGAGGCCGCUGCGGUUCAGUCGGAUGCAACAAGCCAAUGGGUGGACGAUAGUUUCCCCCAACCGCAUUCAUCGUCACGCCCCUUCCCAACUGGCAAAUACGAGCACCCCUCCACUUCCAAAUCCUACGACCUCCCUUCCACUUCGAAACCUUACGACGACAACGACAUCAUGGACCGAUCGCUUAACUCUAGCGAAAGUUCGUUCAACGCGCUAUCCGUGUCGCAGUACGAUCGCCGAUUCGAUUCGGGUAUCGACACCGAACGACCCGAAUCGGAAUCGAGGUCCGCCAUAACCGAUCUGAUGACUCGAAUGAGCUCCGCCACGAUAUCUACAUCGGCGAAUUUAGUCAAUAAUUUAACGUCUCGAAUAGUUAAAUCGGAGAUUCGUACAAGCAUCGUCAAUAUAAGCUCCUCUCGAAUAGAGAAGAAGAAAGAAGCGAGUAACAUGUCACUUAGUACACUGUCUGUGAACAGUGCUGAGACCUCAGUGUCCGAUAAGAGUUCCAGCCAGGAUGUGAACUCAGAGAAUGUAACUGAGCGAAGAGUGAGUCCCCCUCCCGUCAAGAAUGUCUCUACCGGUGCAAUACCCAAGAGUAUCAGCUUCGAUGCCACCGCUGAGAAAUCUCAAAGAAGGCGUAUAAUAGGCGAGGAUAUGCUGGCCGGCAACUUGGACGAGCUGAAGAACAACAUGAAACGUUCCGGAGGCAAUUUGCUGCACAAAAUCAAAUUCUUCCGCCAAAAGGGGCGGUCGAACCAACAACAAGUCGAUAUGAAAGUGGGUGAGGAGGAGUCCGAAGUGCGCGUGUGUGCGGCGGGUCCAGCAGGCGCGGAGGGCGCGGAGUGCGCGGAGUGCUCGGACGACAUCCUGGCCAAGUACCGGCGCAAGGGCUCCGGCUCCGACGCUCGCGCCCGCAAGCCCGCCCGCCGCCUCUCCGACCACCACGACCCCGACAUGGACAAAUGCGAAGGCGUAGUAGACCUUAACGACCCGGAGGUUUUCAACAGUAUGAAACGACGGCUUCGGAUGAUCCUCUCCAACACAGAUAUGCACUGCGUGGAGUAUGUGCCCAACCGCUGUACCAGCACGUCGCUGGUGGAGUUCGUGCGCGCGGGCGGGUGCGCGGAAAGCGCGGCGGUGGGGCGCGCGCUGGCGGGUGGGGGAGGGGGCGGGGGCGAGCGCGGUGCGCGCCUCGCUGCCGCACUGCGCGCCGACCUGGCCGCGCGCCGCCCGUACGCCGCCUACCUCGCCUCAUGCCGCGCCGCGCUCGCGCACAAGCACCACGAUCUGCGCACGCAAAUUAAGGUGGUUCGUGAGGAAUGCAGAGAUUGCGCGCGAGCUGCAGCGGCGGCGCGCGUGCUGGAGCAGCUGGAGCGCGGCAACGCACUGCGCCGCCUCGCGCGCCACCACCACGCGCACAACAACCACGCGCUGCUCAACGGUGGCGAACUAAUGGAUGAAAAAGCGAAAAGACUGAUGGCCAGCAUUAAAGCGAUAACCGCUGAAGUAAAAGCAGACCCAUCGUGGGAAGGCGCGACGGCAACGCUGCUUGAAUGUGCAGAGAUCACCGUGGAGCGCGCCGCCUUCGCGCGUCUGUACCUACACGUGCUGUUCCCUAAUGGCGACGGCGACAUAGCACGAGAUCAGGUGCUGAGCGAGCACGUGCGGCGUCUGGGCGCGUGCACGAGCGCGCUGCGAGCCGGCGUCGCGCCGCGCCACGCCUGGGCCGCGCCCUUCCCGCACGCACAGAUGCAGCUGCGGCACCUGCCCGUCUACCGCACGCCCCGCGACAAGCUGUCUUGCAUAAUGCGGUGCGUGUCGUCCAUAAUGUCGGUGCUCGCGCUGACGGACGGCAGUGCGCCCUCCGCGGAUGACCUCACGCCCGUGCUCGUCUACGUUAUACUAAAGGUGAACCCGCCGUCGCUGCUGUCGACCAUCGAGCUGGUGAACGCGCUGGGCGGCGCGGCGCUGUGCGGCGAGGCGCUGUACUGGUGGACGCAGUUCUGCGCCGCCGUCGCCUACAUCAAGACCAUGGACUACCCCUCGGACUCCUAG